UUCUCCCCUUCCCUGAAUUCCUGCCACUUCUCUAGUCUACCUUUGGAAAUCCACCAGUCAUGCUUUUUUGGCAUAGCCAACCUGAUCAUUACUGGCCAAGUCCGGGAGAAAUGUAUUCUUGUCCUGGGAACAAUCUCAUAAGAGAGCCACUGGCACUGCCAUUCUUAAAGCAGGAAGAACCAAACAUUUCAACAUCAGCUGAGCAGCAUUGCCCAUCUUUCCAGUAUAUUCUGUGUGCUGUUACCUCUCCAGCUGUCAAACAACAUGAGGAAACUCUCACCUAUCUCAACCAAGGGCAAUCAUAUGAAAUCCGGAUGCUGUGUAAUCCCAAAAUAGGUGAAUUUGCUGAGGGACGGAAGCUGCUGAAGAGUGUAAUCAGGGUAGUCUUCCAUGACCGAAGACUGCAAUACACGGAACACCAGCAAUUAGAGGGAUGGAGAUGGAACAGGCCAGGUGACCGCAUCCUGGAUAUCGAUAUCCCCAUGUCUGUGGGCAUUCUGGAGCCCCACAUGCCCUCCACUUUGCUCAAUACUGUGGAAUUCCUGUGGGACCCAACUAAGCGCACUUCGGUCUUUGUGCAGGUCCACUGCAUUAGUACUGAGUUCACACUUCGCAAGAAUGGUGGGGAAAAAGGGGUCCCCUUUCGCAUCCAAGUUGACACCUUCAAGCCCAAUGAGAAGGGCGAGCACAUGGAACACUUGCACUCUGCCAGCUGUCUCAUCAAAGUCUUCAAGCCCAAAGGAGCAGACCGGAAACAGAAAACAGAUAGGGAGAAGAUUGAAAAACAGUCCCUCCAGGAGCGGGAGAAGUACCAGCCCUCAUAUGACAGCACAGUAUUGACAGAGUGUGCCCCUUGGCCUGAAGUUUCCAGCAAUAUCAAUAGUCCUCCACCAACUCCUGGUCUUGUCUCUCCACAUCCCUUCAAACUUCAGACCCCUGAAAGGGUCUGCUCCUCACCCAGUUAUGCCUUGGACAGCUCAUCAGAGAGCAUGGCAGAGACCCUGAGUCCAAGUGCCUCCAUUUUGGAAACUCAACAGUGGUUACUCAAAAACAGGUUCUCCAAUUAUUCCAGGGUUUUUGCCAGCUACACAGGUACUGAUUUGCUCAAACUGUCCCGCAAUGAUCUUGUACAGAUCUGUGGAAUGGCAGAUGGGAUUAGACUUUCAAAUGCUCUAAAAGCAAGGACUGUGCGCCCUCGUCUCAUUCUUUAUGUGUCCAAGGAACUAGAAACAAGUGGGAACAAUGCUCCCCCAAACCCGGCAUCUGUUAUAUACCAGGAAUUAUAUCUGGAGGAACUGACUGCCACGGAGCUGACUAAUAAAUUAGCAGAAUUGCUUAGCGUCCCAGCCAAUCAGGUCCAGCAAGUUUCCAAACAGGGGCCUACAGGAAUUCACAUCCUUGUUAAUGAUCAGAUGGUCAGAAAUCUUCCAGAUGAAUCCUGUUUCAUAGCAGCUGUAACAAAAGGUAGGUAGAUCUGCCUGUGAAUAGAAGCAGAGUUCUGGCUUCUUCAGGACUGAUAAGAUUUAUUGAAGCCUGAGUGUGUGUAGACAAAAAAAACCCCAUCAUUCAAUUUUGGAUAUAUAUUCUCAGUUGCCAAAAUGUCCAAGACACCGUGGACCCAAAUUUCUACUCCAGAAAUGUGCUUUUUGUUUACAAGACUGAAACAGUGUAGAAGAGGUCCCUUCUUCAUUUCACGGACCUCACCCUCUUCAACUCUGUUCUAGGAGGUUCAUGAGGAUAUAAAGAGGAGGAAUUAGUGAAAAUUAUUACAGGUAGUCGACUUACAACAGUUCAUUUAGUGAUCAUUCGAAAUACAACAGCACUGAAAAACGGCUUGUGAUCGUUUUUCACAUUUGCAACUGUUGCAUAUCCCUGUGGUUAUGUGAUCAAAAUUUAGACACUUGACA